AUGUCUUCUCCAAACACUCAACUUCCUUCAAAGAAAAAAGAAAAAUCUGGAAAUGCUGCUUUUCACGACUUUUUAAAUGACUUUGCUGAUAUCGAGGAUCCUCUUGAAAGAAGAAGACUAGCCUUGGAAAAAAUCGACAAUGCUAAGUUUGGUUGGUAUCAUGUUCGUGCUAUCUGUGUGGGAGGUGUCGGUUUUUUGACUGAUUCUUAUGACAUUUUUGCAAUUAACAUAGCUGUUUCUAUGCUUGGUUACGUUUACUGGGGUUCCUCCGUUGGUGGCUCUGGUGUUCCAUCAGACGCAGAAAGCACUCUUUUAAAAGUUUCAACUUCAGUUGGAACUGUCAUUGGCCAAUUAGGUUUUGGUACUUUAGCUGAUUUGGUUGGUAGAAAAAAAAUUUAUGGUACUGAACUUAUAAUUAUGAUUGUCGGAACUGUAUUUCAGUGUUUGCUUGGCCAUUCUCCUGCUAUUAACUUUGUCGGUAUUUUUACUUUUGCGAGAAUAUUUAUGGGUAUUGGAAUCGGUGCAGAUUAUCCACUUUCUUCUAUUGUCACCUCGGAAUUUGCUACCACAAAACAUAGAGGUGCAAUUAUGGGUGCUGUUUUUGCUAAUCAAGGUUGGGGUCAAUUGCUAGCAGGAUUAGUUGCUUUAAUUUGUGUGGUUGGCUGGAAAGAUCAGCUAAUUCACUCCAAUAAUGUUGACGAAUGUACUGGAGAGUGUAUUAAAGCUGUUGACCAAAUGUGGAGAGUUUUAGUUGGCUUUGGUGCAGUUCCUGCUAUUUCAGCACUAUAUUUUAGAUUGACUAUGCCAGAAUCUCCAAGAUAUGCAGUACAAGCUGAUCAAAAACAAGAAAUCAAAGAAAAAACCGACAAUAAUGAGAUUAAAAUUGUGAGAUCAAAAUCAGAUGACUAUGCUUUGACUCAGAGAGAAAAUAGUUCUUCCUCCUUUACUGAUGAGCCAGAAACAUCUCCUAAAGCCAGUCCAAAAGAAUUCUAUCUUCACUUUAAACAAUGGAAACAUGGAAAAAUCCUCCUUGGUACUGCUGGCUCGUGGUUUUUAUUGGAUGUUGCAUUUUAUGGUCUUGGUCUUAAUUCUGCUAUAAUUUUAGAAACUAUUGGUUUUGCUUCUUCUCAAAAUGUUUACAGAAAAUUGUACAAUAUUGCUGCAGGAAACUUGAUUUUGAUUUGCGCUGGUUCCAUUCCCGGCUAUUGGUUUUCUGUUGUAUUUCUAGAUAGAAUUGGAAGAAAACCAAUUCAAGUGGGUGGAUUUGUGAUUUUAACAGCUAUUUUCUGUAUCAUUGGUUUUGCCUACGAUAGUUUGGGCUCUAAAGGUUUGUUGGCAAUGUAUGUUCUUGCUCAAUUUUUCCAAAAUUUUGGUCCAAAUGCUACUACCUUUAUUGUUCCAGGCGAAUGCUUUCCAACAAGAUUUAGAUCAACCUCACAUGGUAUUAGUGCAGCAUCAGGAAAAAUCGGGGCUAUUAUUGCUCAAACAUGUCUUGGUUCCUUGAUCAAUCAUGGUUGUGCUGCUGACGACAAAAACUGUUUUCUUCCUCAUGUCAUGGAAAUUUUUGCUCUAUUCAUGUUGUUGGGUAUUUUCACCAGUUUAUUGAUUCCAGAAACCAAAAGAAAAACCUUAGAAGAGAUUGCCGAAAAAUACCAUGGAGAAUUCAACCCCAAUAAUCCACAGAAUAAUGUUGCUAAACAGCAAGAAGUGUAA